CAACAAUGGCAGCCAAGCCCUUCUUCUUCUUCCUCUCUCUUCUUCCUUCCCUCAUCUCCAUAAUUCACGCAGCCUCAAACCCAGAUGCCUCGGCUCUCUUAGCCUUCAAGGCCACGUCAGACCCCUCCAACUCCCUCGCCACGUGGAACUCCUCCUCCGACCCAUGCACGGCCUGGGCCGGAGUCUCCUGCACCCGCAACCGCGUCUCCCGCCUCGUCCUCGAGGGCCUCACCCUCCGCGGCUCGCUCUCUCCACUCGCCGGGUUGACUCAGCUCCGAGUUCUCAGCCUGAAGCAUAACCGCCUCUCCGGCCCCAUUCCCGACCUCUCCAACCUCACCUCCCUCAAGCUCCUCUUCCUCUCCUACAACGAAUUCUCCGGCGAAUUUCCCGCUUCCCUUACGUCACUCUUCCGCCUUUACCGCCUCGAUCUGGCCUACAACAACCUGUCCGGUGCAAUUCCCGAGACGGUCAACCAUUUGACUCACCUCCUCACGCUCCGCCUCGAAGCCAACCGAUUCUCCGGUCCGAUUUCCGGCCUCAACCUCCCGAAUCUCCAGGAGUUCAACGUCUCGGCCAACCGUCUCUACGGCGAGAUUCCCAAGUCGUUGUCCAUCUUCUCCGAGUCUGCAUUUGCUCAAAACCCGGGUCUCUGCGGGUCGCCGUUCCAGAACUGCAAAACAGUCACCGACCCGACCCGACCCGGAUCCGGUGGAGCCAUUGCCUCCCCUGUAAUUCCAGCAACCGUAGUGGCAUCCUCACCGACUUCACUCCCUUCAACCUCCACGUCAGCUAAAUCAGGAAAGUCCACGUCACGCCACUCCGGCGGUUCGAAGAUAAGUCCGGCGGCGCUGAUCGCCAUUAUCGUCGGCGACGUGGCGGUGCUCCUCUUAGUGUCGCUGUUACUCUACUGCUACUUCUGGCGGAACUUGUCGGUGAAAAUGCGGCAGGGGAAGAGCAGCUCGAAGCUUCUGGAGACGGAGAAGAUAGUCUACUCGUCGAGCCCCUACUCCGGCGGCCAGCCGACGUUCGAGAGGGGGCAGAUGGUGUUCUUCGAAGGGGUGAGGCGUUUCGAGCUGGAGGAUCUUCUCCGAGCCUCGGCGGAGAUGCUGGGGAAAGGAAGGUUCGGUACGGCGUACAAGGCGGUGCUGGACGAUGGUAAUGUUGUAGCGGUGAAGAGGCUCAAGGACGCUCAAAUCGGUGGCAAGACUCAGUUCGAGCAGCACAUGGCGGUGCUGGGCCGGCUUAACCAUAUUAACGUGGUGAGCUUGAGGGCUUACUAUUUCGCUAGGGAGGAGAAGCUGCUCGUCUAUGACUACAUGCCCAAUGGUAGCUUGUUCUGGCUGCUUCAUGGUAACAGAGGCCCUGGACGAACCCCACUGGACUGGACCACCAGGCUGAAAAUUGCAGCCGGAGCUGCACGGGGUAUGGCUUUCAUUCACAGCUCCUGCGCUCCUCUUAAGCUCACUCAUGGGAACAUUAAAUCCACCAACGUUCUCUUGGACAAGACCGGCAAUGCUCGUGUCUCUGACUUCGGACUAUCGGCGUUUUCGCCUUCCACGGCCUCGGCGCCGCGGUCGUGUGGGUACAGAGCUCCGGAGUUGGUGGAUGGUCGGAAAGUGACGCAUAAGUCUGACGUGUAUGGUUUUGGUGUUCUUCUGUUGGAGAUGUUGACCGGGAAAUGCCCGUCUGCGGUGGUGGAUGGCGGGUCUGGCGGGGGAUACGGUGGGUCGGUGGACCUGCCAAGGUGGGUGCAGUCUGUGGUGAGGGAGGAGUGGACUGCUGAAGUGUUUGACUUGGAGUUGAUGAGGUACAAGGACAUUGAGGAGGAGAUGGUGGGGCUGUUGCAGGUGGCAAUGGCUUGCACAGCGGCUAUGCCCGAUCAACGGCCGAGGAUGAGCCAGGUGGUGAAGAUGAUCGAUGAGAUUCGCGGCGUGGCGGUGUCGCCGCCUCAUGAGGCAUGUGAUUCCAUGACGGAGUCCCCUGCAUUGUCGGAGGACACUUGCGGAGCAAGUCAGUGAAGACCACUAACGAUGAUGAUGACACUACGUUGUAAAUCAUGGGAUUUUAAAGCUCUUAGAUCACUUUGAUCGGUUUAGGGUUUAGCUAGGCAGUUCCAAUUUCUUAACUUGCUUUUUCAUGUUAUGUGUUUGGUUUGGGGUGUAAGCCAUGGGAUACAGAGUUUUAUUAUCAGCAAAUGUUAUCAAC